UAUACAGCAGCCAAAGUAGAAAAACUUGCAGCAUUAGGUUUUAAUCUAGAUCAUGGCUACCAGUCUCCCCUCUUCCGAGCCUCUGCAUACCGUGCAACUUGACGGUUUGGUUGUGCUAAAGAUCAUCAAGCACUGCCGUGAAUCAUAUCCUGUCGAUGUCACAGGACAGCUUCUCGGUCUUGACGUUGAUGGUGUUCUCGAAGUCACCAACUGCUUCCCCUUCCCUUCUAGCGAUGAUGACGAGGCUAGCGCACAAUAUCAGCUUGAUAUGAUGCGAUGCUUGCGCGAGGUGAAUGUCGACAAUAACACUGUUGGAUGGUAUCGAUCAGCUCACUUGGGUAACUUCAUGGAUCUCAACUUGAUCGACACUCAAUACAACUAUCAAAACUCUCUCAGCGCACAAUCGGUUGUCAUUAUUCACGAUGUCUCCAAAUCUGCUGCUCAGGGCAACUUGAGUUUGAGAGCGUUCCGUUUGACUGAAGCCUUCAUGAAGGCUUAUGAGAAGAAGACCUUCACGACUGAAAGCAUGAUCAAAAAUAAGCUCACACUCUCCAAUAUUUUUGAUGAGUUACCUAUUCAAGUCCACAACUCACAUCUCGUCACUGCUCUUUUGCACGAUCUCGAUUCGCCCGUCGCCGACGCCAACCGUCUUCCUUCGCUCACCACCUUCACUUCCACUCAAAAGACCGCUACCUUGGCUGAGGACAAUGCACCCCUUGCUCCCAACCUUGAAGUCCUUGAUUUAGAAUUGGAUCCUUUCAUGCAAAAGAACUUGGAAAACUUGCUUGAUUGCGCGGAUGCUCAACAACAAGAGCACAACAACUACCAAUACUGGCAGAGAAGUGUCGCACGCGAACAAACCAAGAUUCAAGCAUGGUUGACAAAGAGGAAACAAGAAAAUGCUCAACGUGCCCAGAAUGGUCAAUCGCUGCUCCCAGAGGAUGAGGUCAACAGCUUGUUUAAAUUGCCAACUGAACCCAGCCGAUUGGAAUCCAUGCUUCUGAACGCACAGAUCCACAAUUUCACUAAGCAACUUAAUCAAUUUGCUGGCCCUAGCUUGGGUCGUUUGUACAGUGUGCAGGAAUUGCAAAAGUAGAAGCUUCCAGGUUUAUUUUAUAUAUUUUUUCUUCUCUAUAGAGUUACCCAUUCUUCGUCACAUUAAAAAGAAAAAAAAAUUGAUUCGUUCCCAG